AUGUUGAUAUAUAAAGACGAUGUAUGCGCGUGGAACGGCGUUGACGUCCUCGUCGAUCGCCAGCUGCACCACGGCAACGUCAUGAACGUGGUGGACGGAGGGUUGAUGAUCAGUUUCGGCUGCAACACCCAGUUUAUCCGCUAUGGGAACAUCUUCGAGUGCCCCCGCGCGACCGACCACCCCGCCCUCAAGUACAAACCUCCAUGGCACUGGCACGCAGGCGAUAAUGCGCAGGUACUGCUCCGCGCUACACCCAGUUCCGCCUGGAUGUGGUAUGCAGGGAAAUUUGUCGACCUGGACGAUUACUGUCAGGAUGAUUCGGUGUUGGUGGAUGUGCAGCUACCAGGCGGAACCGUCAGAGAACUGCUGCUCUGCCAACAAGUGCGUGCGCCGUUGUCGGAGGAGGACUUGGCGCAGCGGCGGAUUGGGGAGAAGCACUUCGUUAUCCGCUGCUGCCCGUUGCCAGAUGGAUAUUGGUCAGAGGAAUGCCAAAUUGUCAAACGAUUUUUCCGACAGGACUUGGAAGACCAGAACGAUGUGUUGAGCAUUUCGGUUGUCAGUCAUUCGUUGCUUUAUCUGCAGUGUCGCACAGCCACUCCGCUGACAGUUGAAAUACUGGACAUACUAUUAGCCGAAGCGAAGACACGCUUAGCCCCACACCUAUCGCUCCAUCCGGCUCUGCGUCAACCUAACAAAAAAUGCAAACGCAAAACCAUUCUGCGAUUAAUAAAUCUGCCGGCCGAAAUACUAGUGCAAGUUUUCCAAUCGCUGGACUCCAUCGGGCGCAUUCGCUGUCGACGCGUCUGCUCGUUAUGGAACCGCCUUCUCACCACCGACGCUUACUUCCCCGAUGUCCGGGUAUCCGGUCGCGCGGCCGACCUCCCGAACGGUCCGCAGCAUGAAGAGAUGCACUGGGUGGUGUCGUGUCUGCUGAAAUGCGUGACCAGCCGCACACGGGCGGUGGUGAUCAGCCAUCUGGACAUCGGCUAUCGCUGCCUGCGCUGCGCCGUCCUUAUCAGUCACAUUCGCCAGGCCGUCCGCCUCCCGGCGCUGGUCUUCUACCAGUGCGAAUUUGGCGGGGACUUUCAAGGGGAAAUCACGAUUGCAGCCGACAUCAAGGAUAUGUUGAAACUGUGGGAAUCCAGCGACCGAGUCGUGUGGAAGCAGUGCCGCAUCUACGACGACCGUGUGCAGGCGGUUAUGGCGCAGUACGGCCUCAACGCCCAGCCGGCAGCUCAGCUGGAGACGCAGCUGUGGGAUCUCGUUGAGAGGAAUCUCGUUCUCAAGAAACCGCUGGAUUUGCCGGCCUUGGCGGAGUGGAUCGCGGACUGUAUCGCCAAGAAACACCGCCAGCCGUUGAAGGACAUUAUCACGGCGCUGUGGGAAUACCAGAGUGUGGAUCCGCGUCUGCCCACUGAAUACCGGAACCGGAAGUGGCGGGUGACCGAGUUGACCUACCUAGAUGUGCAAAAGCUGACAAGAGUGACGGCGGCGGCACUCAGUGACGUUAUGGAUGCAGGAAAUUAG